AUCGUUUAGUUAACCAUCGACUGCACACCGGCGCGUACCGUUCGCCUCUCGCGCGUUUGCGUUCGCUGUUUAACGUUGUGUUACACUCUCAAACACAAUCACACACACACCGGAGUGUUUAUGUAUUAUUAUUUUUAUAAAUAUUAUUAUAAUAUCGUAUAGACUCAAUUCCGCAGUUGUGACAUAUUUUACUUUGAUUUUUUUUUUCGUCGUCUCAAAUUUUUGGAACCGCGACCGUUUUUGCGUUUUAAUUUUCGCUCGCGUAGUACAACUCGACUCGUAUAUUAUACGGCACGUCGAAGACGACUACAUAAUCGUGUAUAUAAAAUCCACGAUAGUCACGCGCCACAUAUACCACUAUCACGACGGCGACGCUUAUCGGCGGUACAGUGCAGUCUUCCGGUCGCAGCAAUACGUCUUUGCUGCGGCAGUGGCCGGCCGGGCUAGCAACUGCAGUGGCCACCGGGCGGUGACGGCAUCGGUAAUAGCAGGACGACAACUACGGCCACCGCGAUGACUGUGCAUGAACUCACGGCCGCUUCAGCGGCCGGUACCAUGCCCAUGCACCAUCUCGGAAGAUCCAGAUUCAUGAUCACGGACAUACUGUCCGACAGCGGACGGAACAACGGCGGUGGAUCGCCCGUGUCGCCCGCCUCGUCCACGGACGGGCCGCGAGAUCUGUCUCUGCACGGCCGCGCGUCCUCCGGCAGCAACGGCGGAGGCGGUGGCCAGGGAGCGGGGCCCGCCGGCGUUGGCGGAGGGCCCGCUGACUCGGACCUGAGCGACGACCACGAGAGUGGCACUGAUAGCGGACUGCCGGGCGACAACUCGUCCGUUUGCUCGAAUGGUCAUAGAGACGAUGACGGCCGGAAUUCCGGUUCAAAUCUCAGCAAGAAACAGAGAAAAGCGAGGACGGCGUUCACGGACCACCAGUUGCAGACGCUCGAAAAGAGUUUUGAGAGACAAAAAUACCUGAGCGUUCAGGACCGCAUGGAAUUGGCGGCCAAGCUCAAUCUGUCCGACACCCAAGUCAAGACAUGGUACCAGAAUAGAAGGACCAAAUGGAAACGUCAGACGGCAGUGGGCCUGGAACUGUUGGCCGAGGCAGGCAACUACGCGGCGUUCCAGCGACUGUACGGCGGGCCGCCAUACGGAUGCUGGCCUUACCCGGCUGGCGCUGCGGGGGGUGCGGGUGGCGUCUCCGGCGGGGGCGGCGUAUCGGGCGCAGGCGGCGCACCGUCCGCCGCUGACCUGUACUACCGGCAGGCGGCCGUGGCCGCGGCCGCAGUGUCCACGCUUCAGAAGCCACUGGCCUACAGGCUGUAUCCUGGCAUGGCGGGCGGCCCUGGAGCCGCGAGCUCCGGCGCCGGCGCGUCCGGCCACCAUCACCAUCACCACCAAAUACCGCCGCCGCCGGUGCCGCUCGCCCACCCGAUGUACUACGGUGGCGUCCACCAUCCGGCCACCAUGCAGCCAAUGCUUGGCCGCAGCCCGACACCCGAACCACCCGGCCGGUCGUCCCGAGGCUCACCCAGAUCGACGGUGGACAGCCGACCAGGUUCGGUGGACGUCGAAGACGACGGAUCCGACUCGCCCAACGUGGACGUUUAAGCGACGACCGCGGCGCGCUGGCCCACCGCGUGCCAUAAUAUGAUAUACCGUCAUCGCACGCGCACGUGAUUCUAUAAUAAUAUUAUAGUCCGUCACUCGUUGUCGUGUUUAAGUGCAGCUGCAGUGUGCGCGCGCGUCUACAAUAAUAUUCUUGUAUAUACAUGAGGCACUGUAAAAUGUACCCUCAAACACAUAUACCCACCUAGUCGUCGUUUACUCUCUUUAUUAUUAUUAUUAUUAUUAUUUGUAUAUGUAUAGUAUAUAUAUUUUGCGUUCCGUACCGACCCUGACGCGAAAAAAUGUUUUUUUUUUU